ACCCAGCCCAUUACGAGCCGAAGAAAUACGGUAGAAUCUUUAAUGUUGUUGAUAACUAAAAACUGGGUUGAGUUGAGCUAACGCUAUCUGUUAUUAGAGGGUGAGUUAAACGAUUAUACUGUAUUAUUUAGACAAGCAAACUGGAUCUUUGAGUUCGUUUUAGCAUCACUGAAAUAUAUUCUUGCAGCUGCUUGGCUAACUGAAAGUCCACCAUCUUUCAGAUUUGUACUGUUACUGUGAUUCUGAAAGUAUUGCUGGUCUGUCAUCAUCUUCAGGAUCCAUGUCUUUUUUGCGUUGGGUGUCAGAGAAACUCAGUGUGGAAAGCCUGAGGGAUCUGGAAUUAUUUGGAGAGCAAACUCAGGCAAGCCCACUAAGGAAAGCCCAUGAGAACAGUGAAGAGUCUCUGAACCCUAUCACACGCAGGGACACCAUGGGAAGCUUUCUGCCAGACAGCAGCGCUUAUGAGCUGCUCACUGUCAUAGGUCGAAGUUUGGAGGACUUGAUGACAGUUAAUCUGGCCAGGUACAAACCUACAGGGGAGCAUGUGGCUAUUCGACGCAUUGACCUGGAUUUGUGUACCAAUGACAUGGUCAAUUACUUACAGGGAGAACUCCAUGUCUCAAAGCUGUUUCACCACCCCUGUAUCCUCCCAUACAAGAGUGUCUUUAUUGCUGAGAAUGAACUAUGGGUGAUCACACCCUUCAUGGCCUACGGAUCUGCACGUGACAUAAUCAGUACACAUUUCGCUGACGGCUUAAGUGAGCAGACAAUUGCCUACAUAUUGCUGGGUGUUUUAAGAGCCCUGGAGUACAUACAUCAGAUGGGUUAUGUUCACCGGAGUGUGAAAGCAAGCCAUGUGCUGAUUUCGGCAGAUGGACAAGUGUAUCUGUCUGGUCUCAGAAGUAUCUUUAGUUUGAUCCGUCAUGGUCAGAGAGCACGUGUUGUCCAUGAUUUCCCUCAGUACAGUGUUAAAGUGCUACCUUGGCUUAGUCCAGAGGUUCUGCAGCAGAACCUUCAGGGAUAUGACUUCCGCUCCGAUAUUUAUAGUUUGGGCAUCACUGCAUGCGAGCUAGCUAAUGGACACGUACCCUUUAAAGAUAUGCCUGCUACACAGAUGUUGUUAGAAAAGUUGAAUGGUACAGUCCCCUGCCUGCUGGACACCACCACCAUUCCCCCUGAAGAACUUUGCAUGAAGCCAUCUCGCUCAGGGGCCGACUCUGGGAUCUGCGAGGGCCCCUGCGCUGGUGGAGCUCGCCACACUAAUGGAGAACCCUCAUCCUUCUCUGGGGCAAACCCUUACAGCCGGACCUUCAGUCCUCACUUCCAUGCCUUUGUGGAACUUUGUCUACAGAGAGACCCUGAGAAAAGACCCUCUGCCAGCACUCUGAUAGGCCAUUCCUUCUUUAAACAGAUUAAACGCAGACCAUCUGAGGCUCUUCCUGAGCUUCUGCGUCCAGUUUCCCCAAUCAGCAGUCUAGAGUGCAUUCAAACUCAGGAUUCCCCUACUGGGCUGGCCAGUCUGGAGUCUGAUCUCAGCCAGCUGGAUGUUGAUGACUGGGACUUCUAAGUAGAUAAGAGAUGGAGGGGAUGAUGGAAUAGAUAUAAAGGGCUUAUUAACCACAGGACUUGAUGGGACCCUUAUGAGAAAGCAUGAUUGGGAGUUGAGGAUGAUUUUGCUGUUAUAAAAAAAAAGGAAAAAAAAAAAAGGGGAAGACUUUGUGAUUUGAAUGUGGAAUAAAUGUUAUGAGGAGAUUCUUUUCAAAGAAUCUACAAGGGACUCUGGAAUGUUUCUUGUUGUUGUAUUUGUGUAUGUCAAGUACAAGGAGAAGCAGUUUCUUACAAAGAAAUGAAAAGCCAGCAGUCGCCAUAGCCUUGCUAAAGCAUUCAGACUAACUGAAAGAUGCAUGAACUGAAAGCCUGAGGCACCCACUCCUCAAGCCUACAUUUUGAUUACUCUUACAGACUUGUCAUGUUACAAUGGUGAUCACUUGAGGCUACUGAAACUUGUUCUAUGUGCUUUAACAGAACUAAUAACACUCUAUGAAUGUCUGCUAGCAUAGUGCAGCUGCCAGCAACACAGGAAUUGCAAGAGCUUUGUUCAUACAUAAAGCAGGGCCAAAGGGCACAUCAAAUCGGUGAAUUUUCAUCUGUCCAAGUGGAUUUGUUAAGUGAGGCAUAAAGAGCUGUGAAGUCAACCCAGAAUUAAAUGGGUUGAUUCAGAUUACCUGAAGAUAACACUGUCUAAUCUAUGGGUUGAUUGUGGGGAUCAAAGCCAUCAACUUCCCUGCGAGUUGAAGUUCCCUGCAAAUUAAAUUUCCCUGUUGAAAUUUCUUCCCCUUCUCAUAAAUAGUAAUUCCAUCAGAAAAAAACACAGAAAUACACAGCAUCAAGUGGUACCUUAAAUGCUGGAAGACAAGAAUCUGUUCUUUUCUUGCUAUCUGUUACAACCAUCCAUUUAAAAAACUGAGUUCUGCUGUAUUGUAGCAGAUUAAUUUCUGUUCUUGGCAUGCGAUACAGAAGAAAGUACUUCAAUGGACAUGUCUGUGUUUAUUAUCAGCUAAUUUACCAAUGUGUAAAUGAAAUAAAUGUUGUAAUUGCGCAAAUGUCAGUUCUUGUUUUCAUUGUAAAGAAAAAUGACCAGUGCUGCUUGUUACAUAAAUUAAUUCCACAUCUACUUGCAUUAAAGCUUAUGGGCUCUAUUUUCAUGA